AUGAAUCCGCAAUGUUCUAAAUGUAAAGCAGCAAUGAGGAAAUAUAACUAUUCAGUAAAAGAGAUAGAACGUAUGCGAAACGACUAUGCUGACUUAAAGAGGGAGGCAGAGAAGCCGGUAGAAGAUAAAAUGGACAUGUUACCAUUUCUGAACAAAAACUAUCCAACUGCUGACGAUUUCCUUCUAUCUGAUGUCAAGAAGAAGUAUAAAGAAACUUUCGGCAUUGUUAAAAUUUUUGAUGUACUAAAAGAAGAAAUUGAAGCUACGAAAUUGUUUAGGAUUUCAAAUAUACAUCGUACAAUUCAUGUAAAACGCUUGUGA